AUGGGGAGUAAAAGGAAGAGAGAUAUUUCAGAAGUAAGCAAGGCGUCGAAGAAGCCGAAACAAAAGAAACCAAAGAAGAAGAAGUCUAAGAAAUUUCCGACAGGAUCUAACAGUCUUGAACUCAAAGAAAACAAAUUUGCAAAAUUAGGUGAACACCUUGAGGACGAUUCUGAUUCAAGUGAUUAUGUAUUCGACUAUUAUAAAAAAGAAGGGUCAAAAGAAAGUGAGAUAGUGCUUAUAGAUAGUGACGAUGAGGAUGAUCCAGUGGUGGUGUCCUCCGAGGAAGUUGCCAAUGUUGACUCUGGAACUGAAGAAGUAUCAAAUGAGGGACCACAGCGAAAGAAACAAAAAGUGGAAGAAAAUGAACUUGCUAAGCAAGAGGACUUCAUUGGAUUUGGGUUUCUGUCAUCUGAUGAGGAAGACGAUGAUAAAGCGAAAUAUGAGGAAUUAUCCGACGAUGGAAUCUUAAGUGCCGAUGAGAACGGUUCAGUAGUCCACCAUCAAAAGAAGGCUCUGUAUCCAUGGGUGAAAGAUCAUGAUCAUUCAAAACAAAAGGAAAUAGCAGAUUGGUUGACAAUGGAAAUGAAAGAUUUUGUGAAUUAUAUAUCGCCAUCUAGUAAAGAAAUCACAACGAGAAAUACUGUGGUCAAUAAAUUAAAAGAAAAAAUUGCCAAAUUCUGGCCGGGUACUGAAGCUCAUGUUUUUGGGUCGUGUGCAACUGAUUUAUAUCUUCCUGGAUCUGAUAUUGAUAUGGUUGUGAUUUCCGAAACUGGAGAUUAUGAAAAUAAAUCCCGAUUAUAUCAAUUAUCCGCAUUUUUACGAAGACAUAAUUUAGCCAAAAAUAUUGAAGUUAUUGCUAAGGCAAAAGUCCCCAUUAUCAAAUUCGUUGAUCCUUAUUCUGACCUUCAUAUUGACAUUUCAUUUGAAAGGAAAAAUGGACUUGAUGCUGCCAAGAGAAUCCGUCGAUGGUUAGAUUCCACCCCAGGUCUUCGUGAAUUGGUACUCGUUGUGAAGCAAUUUUUGAGGUCUAGAAGAUUAAAUAAUGUUCAUGUCGGUGGAUUGGGAGGUUACGCAACCAUUAUUAUGUGUUACCAUUUCUUACAUUUGCAUCCAAAAGUUUCCUCGGGAUCAAUUGAUAUACUUGAUAACUUGGGUGUCUUGUUGAUAGAAUUUUUCGAACUAUACGGACGUAAUUUCUCAUAUGACAACUUGAUUUUGGCGAUCAAUACUGAAACCGAAGAGCCAAUGUAUCUUUUGAAAAGUGAGCACACCUCUUUGAGUACCAGAGGGGCAUUCGCAAUAGUGAUACAAGAUCCGGCUGAUAGGUUUAACAACAUUACUCGUGGUUCUUAUAAUUUAAGAGAUAUAAAGAAAGCUUUUGGCGGUGCCUAUCAAUUACUUGUUGAAAAAUGCUAUCAACUUAAUGCAUCGACCUAUAAAGAGAGAUUGGGCCAGCUGAUACUAGGGGAUGUUAUCAGAUACCGAGGACAAGAAAGAGACUUCAAUGAUGAUAGACAUAAGGUUGUAAAUAUUGCUUUGAUAAAUCAUGAGGAUGACUCCCAGGAAGAAAGCGAUGGUACAGGAGGGAAUGACAAGUACUAUUUUUCGGAUAUGACGGUUGAGAGCGAUUCUGAGAUAGUCCCUCCUAGAGCUCCAACCCCAUUGACUAAUAAGGCCAAAGAUACUAAAAAGCUUGUGGAAUCGUUCUUAAGUCUUGAGCACUCAGAUGAAGAACUGGAAACGAAAAAGGAUGAUAAUAACAAUGAUGACACUGCAGCCAAAGAAAAGUCUGCACCUAAGCAACCUAAAUCUGAGGUUGAGAAAGGUAUUAUAAGAGACUAUUGGAGGCAGAAGGGCCUCGAAUUUUAG